GAGAUAUCCUUGUAUUACAUGUGAUGAUAUGAUUGCUGCUCCCUACUUGUUCACAAUAUAUCAAAUAGGGCGGCAAGUUUCCUGUAAUUCUACUAUUUCCACGCAAAUCAUCUCGUUCUCAUCGCCGUCAAACAACCACGCGCUAAAUCAAAAUCAAAGAAAAUGGCUACUAACAUAGUCAAUCAGCCCUUGAUUGAGAUUUCCAUUGCUACAUCUCCUAAUAACCUCGAGGCCGUCCCCGGCCUUCUGGCGGAUCUUAAGGCAGGCGUUAGUGCGCUCUCUACCGGCAGCCGCGAGGCCCGCCACGAUCUGCUCAUCAAAGCUCGCACUUUGGUCCAGUCUUUGGAGACCCCCCGAGAGACUAUGUUGAAGCAUUGCUGGGCGCAGACUGGUGCCAUGUCUGGUCUUAUCUUCGGAGUUGACACCGGGCUGUGGAAGUUGAUGGCCGAGAAUGGUGAAAAGCCUCAGAAGGUCAGCGAUCUGGCUACGAGCCUCGAGGUCGAGCCACUGCUUUUACGCCGCAUUAUGCGCCACCUUGGUGCCAUGGGUUACAUCACAGAGACAGGAUUCGACGAGUAUAUGCCUACUAAUUAUAGUAGAGCGAUGAGCAUUCCCAUUAUUAGCGAUGGAUAUAUUGCAAUGAUAUCUGGCACCAGCGCUGGGCCAAUCAAGUUUCACGAAUUUGCGCGUAAACACAGGUUCAGAAACCCCACUGAUGCAAAAGAUACAGGCUUAAUGUAUGCCUAUAACGCGGAUAAGGACUUUUUUGAGUGGCAGCGGUCUCUCGGUUAUGACCAGUAUUUUAACCAUCACAUGGGAGGAUAUCGUCAGGGGCGUCCACCGUGGAUGGCACCUGGGUUCUACCCGGUACAAGAGAGACUCAUUGCUGGCGCCGAUACCCAUUCGGAUGCGCCAUUUCUUGUGGAUAUAGCGGGCAAUCUUGGCCAUGACCUUAUGGAAUUUCACCGCUAUCACCCUGAUGCGCCGGGUCGAUUAAUCCUGCAGGACUUGGCCGUUGUCAUUAGUAAGAUUGAGGAUUUAAGUCCAGCCAUUAUUCCCAUGGCCUAUGAUUUCUACACAGAACAACCCGUCAAAAAUGCCCGCGCAUACUAUAUGCAUACUACUCUGCAUGACUGGCCUGAUGAACUUUGUGUGAGAAUCCUCUCCCGAGUCACUGAAGCUAUGAAGCCGGGUUACAGUAGACUUUUAAUCAACGAGAAUGUUAUGCCUCCAUUUGGCGCUCACUGGGAGACAACUGCAAUGGAUAUGCAGAUGCUUAGUCUCCUCAGUACGAUGGAGCGCACUAGGGCCGACUGGUACCACCUAUUAGAAGAUUUAGCCGGAUUGAAGAUAGUGCAAAUUUGGAGCGGCGGCAGUGGUGUUGAGAGCCUGAUUGAGUGUGAGCUACCCUAUCACAAUCAUGACUAAGUGCAAGGAGGAUCAGGUGUUGUCGUUUCUAGCUAUUCUCAGUAACACAUUCACUUUCAAGCUUGGAUUUAUAUACCUUGACUGACC